AUGUCUUUUUCGUCAACAGUACCGACAUCUCCGGACGCCCCUAGCAGCGGCGGCCCAGUCUCGCCAAGCUCAAGCACUGGGACUUCGGCACUGCGUCAGGAGAGCAAUGACCAGGAAACUACCAGGUUUUCGAUGCACACUCUUCUGACACACAUCAGCGCGGCACACGACUAUGCCUCUCAAUUUGUGGACAUCGACAAAGUCAUUCAGGAGCGUGACGAGGCUGUGCGGAAGAAUGAGAUAAGGAAGGUUCAGCUUGCGGAAAAGGAAGACGAGAUCAAAACCCUCCUGGCUCGCAAUAAAACCUACUUGAGUGAUUUUGAGACCAGGCAUGAGGAAUGGCUCAAAGAAUUCGCACAACUGAAAGAGUCGAUGAUCAAUCAACACAUUCUCGAGGUAAACGAGCUACAAGCUGAGAUAACUGAGUCCAGACGGCAGGGAGACCUAGUCAAGAAGCAACUGUCCGAUGCUGACCACGACAUUCGACUCACGAGGAGCAGACUUGACGUGGCCACCGCCGAGUUGGCACAAUGGAAGCAAUACAGCUCCCAUAUGACGCCGCUUGACCAGCUUGGACUGGUCUCGAGGAUAGAGAAUCUCUUCAAGGAUCUCUGGAAGACUGUCUGUCCUAGCUUGCUUGAAGACCUGACUCCAGAUUUGCUCAAGGAUCGCGACGCUUGGAGCAGUCGGAUCAAGCAGAUUGUACCAAUCAAGCUGCAACGCCAAUUUUUCCCGUUCGAGAUUCUUCUUAGCAACACAAGACCAGCUAAGCUUGUCCGUGUGGCGCUGGCGAUGCACAUCAUUUCAAGCGAGUUGACCAAGCAGGUCUUCAAACCUUGUUACUUACCCGACUCGAUCGAAUCAUGUGCGGCGCUGCAGUAUAUCCUAGGCGACCAUCUCGACGCAGAUCCGAAAAAGGUGGUAUUAAUGCGUUCACUUCUGUUGUCGAACAAGACACGGGACGAGUAUACUGCAAUCAUUGAGCAGCGAAGCUUGAGCGCACUUGAUGUGGUUGUCCCCAGGUUGUUGUUGCUGUGCAGUAAUGACACCACGGCCGCUGGUGACAAGGGGUUUUCGCUUCGAAAGAAACUUGAAGCCUUCUUCAUUGCGGCGGCAAAGCUGUGGCAGGAGAUACAAUACUCCGACGCUGAGGUACGGGUGGUCACUUGCCACGAGGAUGGCGAGGUGGAACAGGCAGAUCUGGAUUGGCCAUGGGGCCAUCUGGAUGAAUACGGACCGCCUCGUCCAGCUCCGCACGACAACAAACUCUUGCUGUUCCCGGGCUUCUACCUUCUCAACGGCCGGUUUGUGCUACAUGAGGGAAUUGUCCUCACCAAGAACCAGAAGGUCGUCCUCGAUGCUGAAGCAGAGUAUCAGCAAGCGGCGGCGGUGGGAACGGCAACGCCGGCGAAAUCGCCACGAUCCAACUGGAACUGGCACAGAAUUACUCCCACCACAAGACGUCUAUCGCUUCAUACUGGUACUGCUGGAAAUGGCGCGAGUCCACCACCACUUACGUCUGCAACAGCGGCCACUGGUGUCCUAGGCGGUAAAAAGGGAUCUACUGCUGUCAACUGA